AAUGUCCUAAUUUCUAUCGAAAUUGAUACAGGAAAAUAUUGGAGAAGUGUAUUAAGGAUUGAGUCGCAUGCUUAUCACAUUGUCUUGCGCCGCACGUUCAUUAGUACGCAAUUGUGCGCGUGGCAAUUGGCAUGGUGUGUACGAUAAGAGGUAGAACGGCGGCGGACAAUCGCUCCAAGGCGUCUCGCGAUCAAAUGCCCCCGUGGCAUGAGUAGUGACGGUAUAUUCUUGCGAAAAAAAGUCGCGUGACUCGACCGAGUCCUCGAGCACGUAGGACGGCGCAACAAGGAUGGCGUACGAAAAACUGCACGUGCUACCAUUGAGCCUGUUCAUCUUAAUUCCCGUAACAUUCGUGAUUACAUACACCAUAUCAGUACAGUGGGACCACGUGGUGCCUGGGUUCCCUUAUAUAUCGGAGACCGGCACGUUGUCGCCGGAGUCAUGCAUAUUUGCACAAUGUUUAAACAUUGCGGCCCUAUUGCUCGGAUGCUGCGUUUAUAUCAGACAUCGACAGGUUCUGCAGUGGCAAAAGGAAAGAGGUCAUGACCUGGUGAACAGAAAACUAGUGGUGGCGGCCACAUACUGUGGCAUCCUCGCUUGCUUUGGUCUCGACAUACUCGCUAAUUUUCAAGAAGCUCGCGUAGUCGCCGCUCAUAUGGUGGGAGCGAUGACUUGCUUCUCGGCCGGGACUCUCUAUUUCUGUCUUCAGACGUAUUUAACCUAUAAGAUGGUACCAGCCGUAAACGGCAUGACUGUCGUUUAUGUACGUGCGAUUCUCUCAGCUCUCACAUUGAAAUUGACAACUGCCACAAUCGUUCUUGGCUAUAUAUCGAUGUCUGAAUUUCAAGGUAACGAUUACAAGAAGUGGCUACCGGCGGACGGUGGUUGGGGCUGGCAUGUCGCCAGUACGAUAUGCGAAUGGAUCCUUGCGAUCGUGUACUGUGCGUUUCUCCUCACUUUUGUGCCGGAGUUCCGAUUAAUUAACUUUGAAGACCCCGUAGUUACGUUAAUAUAUUUGGAUAAAAUCGAAAGCACGGGGGCGUCUUGCAAAAUGGAAAUGACCGCACCACAGGAUACAUAAAUUAUUUUCUACGUCAAUUUGUCAGGCGUUCUCUCCAUUCACUCAUAGUUAAACUAACGUAAUUAAUCUAUCUUCUAUACCUGUCUAUUAUCGUAACGUAAAUUGAACGAAAGGAGAUUGAGAAGUGGAAUGUAACGUAGACAUAUUGCAGAAUGGAAUAGUGGAAUGGAAGAGAGCAAUGAUCGAUUCCAUCACAACAGAUGGCUAAGGGUCGACAUAUAUCUUUGCUAAUCAUACGACCGUAAAAAAACAAAUAAAAAUGUUAUUUAAGAAUGCAGUCAUGUAUAAUAGAGCCGGAAAUAAGAAGAAAGUAACACAAUCACA